CUCCUUUGUGUUCUCCCAUUCCUAGCAACUAAGCUUGUUUAAUUUGCUUCCAGAAUUUAGAGAAGGAAUUGAGGCUGGCAAAUAUGUGAAAGAGUUUUUAAACCUACAGAUUCUUCUGCUGACUUCAGACUUUGUUACUAUAUUUCCAGGAGAACAUAAGUGCAGAUGUUGGACCAUGUCAGAAAUCUUGUCGAGAGAGUGGAUUGUUGCACACAGAAUGGAGAUGUGGCUUCUGGUUCUGGUGGCGUAUUUGUUCCAAAGCAAUGUGAAUUCAGGACGUUUGCCAACUAAAGCUGUGGACCCAGAAGCAUUCAUGAAUGUUAGUGAAAUCAUCCGACAUCAAGGCUAUCCCUGUGAGGAGUACGAAGUCACAACUGAAGAUGGGUAUAUCCUUUCUGUUAACAGAAUUCCUCGAGGCCUAGCGCAACCUAAGACAGGUCCCAGGCCUGUGGUGUUACUACAGCAUGGCCUAGUGGGAGAUGCCAGCAACUGGAUUUCCAACCUGCCCAACAAUAGCCUGGGCUUCAUUCUGGCAGAUGCUGGUUUUGACGUGUGGAUGGGUAACAGCAGGGGAAACACCUGGUCUCGGAAACACAAGACCCUCUCCGUAGACCAAGAUGAGUUCUGGGCUUUCAGUUAUGAUGAGAUGGCUAGGUUUGACCUUCCUGCAGUGAUAAACUUUAUUUUGCAGAAAACGGGCCAGGAAAAGAUCUAUUAUAUCGGCUAUUCACAGGGCACCACCAUGGGCUUUAUUGCAUUUUCUACCAUGCCAGAGCUGGCUCAGAAAAUCAAAAUGUAUUUUGCUUUAGCGCCCAUAGCCACUGUUAAAUAUGCAAAAAGCCCUGGGGCCAAAUUUUUGUUGCUGCCAGACAUGAUGAUCAAGGGAUUAUUUGGCAAACAAGAAUUUCUGUACCAGACCAGAUUUCUCAGACAGUUUGCCAUCUACCUUUGUGGCCAGGUGAUCCUCGAUCAGAUUUGUAGUAAUAUCAUGUUACUUCUGGGCGGAUUUAACACCAACAAUAUGAACAUGAGCCGAGCAAAUGUAUAUGUUGCCCAUAAUCCUGCCGGAACAUCUGUGCAAAAUAUUCUACACUGGAGCCAGGCAGUCAAUUCUGGGGAACUCCGGGCAUUUGACUGGGGGAGUGAGACCAAAAAUCUAGAGAAAUGCAAUCAGCCAACUCCUGUAAGGUACAAAGUUAGAGAUAUGACGGUCCCUACAGCCAUGUGGACAGGAGGGCAAGACUGGCUUUCGAGUCCAGAAGAUGCGAAAACACUGCUCUCUGAAGUGACCAACCUCAUCUACUAUAAGAACAUUCCUGAAUGGGCUCAUGUGGAUUUCAUCUGGGGUUUGGACGCUCCUCACCGUAUGUACAAUGAAAUCAUACAUCUGAUGAAGCAGGAGGAGACCAACCUUUCCCAGGGAGUGUGCAAGGUCAUAUUGUGAAGCAUUUGAUACCAAUAGGUCUUAGGAACACUCUCAUGGAAGACGGGGCUAGGGCCUGUGAAGGCUUUUAAGGAUUUCC